ACGGUUAAAUUUAAUGUAAACUAUUUAUACAUUGUAGAAAAGUUUACUAGUCUUUUAGAAGAAUAAUUACAAUUGACACUAUAAAUUGUUUCUGUCACGCAAUACAAAUCGAUUGUUUUUGCUUUUGGAAAAAGUCAUAUUUUAUUUUUCCAUUUGAAUUUAAUAUUUUUCAUACACAUUUUUUAUGUAAUUUAUAGAAAAGAAAAAUUAUGAAACAAAAAUUAUUUUUUGAAUUUUUCUAGUAAAUUUAAAAAAAAAUUUUUUUUUAGUAGUAAAAUUCCUGUUUCAGUACAUAAUGUUAAAAUGUGCAGUAUAUAAUUUAAAGUAUGUUUGUUUUAAAAACUUGGAAUUUAUUAUGAUUCUGAGUUGACUUUUUUUUUUGUUAACAAAUAAAGGGAAACAUAAAAGUUUCCUGGAAACCGUUUGAAUAGAAGUUAGGAGGCACCUGUAUUUUUUUUUUUUUAUUUUUUUUUUUUUUGUAUCGACGAUGCAUUGCGUGGUCAAUAAAUAUAUUCACGUGUCCCUCUGUGCGCAACUUGAUAGAUAGAAAAACCACACAGAACUCAUGCAAAAGCGGGCAGUUGAUUAUUCUCACCCUUCCUUGGCAGUUUGACCCGCAUGGAGGGAAAAAUGUGAAAAAAAAAAGUUCAUUCCGUAUUGAGUCGCUUCAUCGAUUUGAAACAAGUCUAAUAUAAAACCAUUUGAUUAUACUUACCUUGAAACAAAUGGGAAUAAAUGAAGUAUUUUUGAGAUGGGGUGUGGAUCGAGUACCGACGUCGUAAAAAACACUAUUUACAAACAAGAAGAAGUACUAUCGUCUGAGAAUUCAAUUCCUAAUUCACGAAGUUCACCAUUGCACGACAACAACAAUACAAAGUCAGCUUUGCGUCAACCCUUGGCUUUUGAAGUGCCUAUAAAUGAUGAAGAAAAGUCUAUAAUUAAGAGGCAUCCUCCAAUAAGAUUUCAACGACUCGAGGAGCAACAGUUGCCACAGCCUGAGGUGACCUUGGAACUGUUGCAAAAGCGACAGGCAGAGGCUGAAAUAAGAAGGCGUAGGAUAUUACUCACGAGGGUGCAAUCUGCUCAACAAUUUCAACAAAAAAUUCGCACUACAUCGUAACUCGAACAAUACUUUCACGCUGUGUUAUUGCCAAGUUUACGAUUUAUUAUCAAGUUUACCCAUAUAGGUAAAGCUGUUCGACG